CAACCCCGCCACCCUCGUCUCUCCACCCAAUCCCCUGAAUCCCACCGGUUCCCGGCGAGCUCGCGCGCCGCGCCGGGGCCCCAGGCGUCCGCGCCCGCCCCCGCCCCGCGCCGCGGCCGGCGGCUGGACCGCUCGCCGCCGCCGCCCUUCCCCGACCCCGGCGCCGUCGCCCUGCCCGCCGCGUGCCCAGGGGUGCAAGCUAGCACAUAUGACGCAUGACUGAUAGGAGACUGCAUCCAGUUGAUGUGAGUUUCAUCCGACUUGAGUCUUGCUUGAGAUGGCGGUUGGAUUGACAUCCCAGCUGUUCCAAAGAGUGACUGUUACCGAAACAUUUUGCAGAAGGAACAUACUUAGGAGUCCUGAGAUGAGGAGUUCUCUUCCCUUGCCAUCCACUUCGUUUCCUUCAGUUUCUGAUAGGCAAGACUGCUGGGGUCAUAAUGUGUUGCGAAGUAACUACAGGCCCAUGCUUUACACACCUCACAGAUAUAGAUCUUCAGGCUUUAGAUCUUUUGCCUUGCCAGUUCCUUUUCAGAAAAUUCCUCUUGUCAAGAGCGCAUCAUUAGCACUGACUAGGUCAUGUGAUAAGUUACUUUCAAAUCCUGCUACCUCUCUUGUGGUCCCUGCAAUUGGGAUUAUUGUGUUUGCUCUAUGGGGUUUUUUGCCUCUAAUGCGGGACAUUAGAAACCGUUUUGAUCACGGGGGCAACUGGAAGAAGAGCCCUACUUAUCUAAUUUCUUCGUCCUACCUUCAACCUCUACUUCUCUGGACAGGAGCAACACUAAUCUGCAGGGGUUUGGAUCCAGUUGUGUUGCCUUCGGCAGCAAGCCAAGCUGUGAAAACGCGCCUUAUAACUUUUGUGAGAUCAUUAUCAACUGUCCUGGCUUUUGCGUAUAUUCUCACAAGCUUGAUUCAGCAGGUACAGAAGUUUCUCGUGGACAUGCGUAACCCCAACGAUACAAGAAAUAUGGGGUUUGAUUUUAUCACGAAAGCUCUUUAUACUGGUAUUUGGAUUGCUGCUGUUUCUCUCUUCAUGGAGUUGCUGGGUUUCAAUACCCAAAAGUGGAUAACUGCUGGAGGUUUUGGGACAGUAUUGCUUACACUUGCUGGUCGUGAGAUUUUCACUAACUUCCUCUCGAGUGUCAUGAUCAAUGCUACGCGCCCGUUUGUAGUCAAUGAAUGGAUCAAUGCAAAGAUAGAUGGUGUUGAAUUCUCUGGAAUUGUCGAGCAUGUUGGUUGGUGGUCUCCAACAAUAAUUAGAGGUGAUGAUCGAGAAGCGAUAUACAUUCCUAACCACAAGUUUACAGUUUCUAUAUUAAGGAAUAACUCUCAGAGGACCCAUUGGCGUAUUAAGACCUAUCUUGCUAUAAGUCACAUGGAUGCUGGAAAAAUUGGGAUUAUUGUUGCAGACAUGAGGAAAGUGUUGGCGAAAAAUCCACAUAUAGAACAACAGAAGCUGCAUAGAAGAGUAUUUUUUGAGAAAAUUGAUCCAAAAAACCAAGCACUUAUGAUAUACAUAUCCUGUUUUGUUAAGACAUCACGUUUCGAGGAGUAUCUAAAUGUCCAGGAAGCUGUUAUGUUGGAUCUUCUUAGAAUAGUUGGCCAUCACAAAGCAAGGCUUGCGACCCAAAUUCGAACGGUUCAGAAAUCAUAUGGCAAUGCAGACUUUGAUAACAUUCCUUUUGGAGAGGACAUGUAUAGUCGCGUCAGGGGCCGUCCACUUCUGAUUGAUACAUCUGCAAGGGUCAGUGAUGAUAAGGCCAAACCUCGACCGGUAUCAUCACAUGAGGAGCAGAAAGUCAAGACAAACGGUUCAGUAGAGAUCAAUUCAGCUUCACCUGAAAAUACUAGUUUAAGCAACUCCGAAAAGCAGGAACAGAAAAAAUUAGUACCUGACGAUGCUCGGGCGAAGAACAGCAAGAGUGAUAAUGUUGCACCAGCAACACCAUCUUCAGAUCCUGUUAUGUCAACUUCUAAGAUUGGUAAAGGGAAAGCACAUGAGCCUGAGGCGACUGAAGGCCAAGAUGGUUCCAUGUCAGUGGCUAACCCGAAGAAAGAAUCAAGGCCUGCUUUUGAAGACAAUAUUGUUCUGGGCGUUGCUCUUGCGGGCUCCAAGAGGACACUGCCUAUUGAAGAAGGAAACCCUUAUCUAUCACUAUCUGAGAAUGAGCCGGACACUGUAGAGGCUGCUUCUUCACCGAAGGACAAGACAGCUCAAAGCCCGAAACUUUCUGGACAAGACAAGGCUGACCAGAGGAAUGUAGAUAGGUGAUCUAAAUUAAGAUGGAAUCCUCGUGAAGAUUUGUCACCAAGCCUACCUUUUUUGUGCGCUUGUGCAAAUGUGAUCUGUCACACAUCAUUGUUCAUGUUUGUAAAUUUCCGCGGAUGAUUAUUCAGGGGACACAGCCUGUUGAAAUAUCAGGCGUUGCUAUAUGCUUGUAAAAGAUGCAGUUGCUUUCCCUGGAAACGUUUUGUACAUAUUUUGCUGUUGCUGAUUUAAGUCGGUUGUGCUUA